CGGCGCCUAUAACUAAGAAAAAUACGUACUCUUUUCUCUUCACACCGACACAAACAUCUUAAAGACAACAUUUUUCCUGAAAUGUUGGGACGAAUCCAAGUCUCCAUUCCUGCCAAAACCACUCAAUUUUUUUCAUCAAAACCUCACCCAGGUUUUGUAAGAAUAACUCUUCUUCAUUUUUGCAUCUCCAUCACUAAUAAACUUACUACUUUCUUUCCUGCUUCAGUGUCUCAACUUCGAGCCUCUGUCACCACCAAAACAACCAGAAAAAGCUUGCAGCUUCAGCACGUUCCCGAAAUUGAAACUGAAAAUCAUCAGAAAGGGAUCCCUGGAUUUGCACUUGCACGCGCAAGAUCAAAUGAAUUGGUUCAAAGUGGUGAAGCCCCUGCCAACUGGGAAAAGGUUCUUCAAGGAAUUCGCCAAAUGAGGAGUUCUGCAGAUGAACAUGAACCAGUUGCACACGAGGAAACUGCUGAUAAUACUGUUCUUCCUAAGGAAAGAAGAUUUGCUGUCCUUGCAUCUUCCCUUUUAUCAAGCCAAACUAAGGGGCAUGUUUCUCGUGGAGCGAGUCAAUGUCUUCAUGAAAAUGGCCUGCUUACCGCAGAAGCAAUGAACAAAGCUGAUGAAGAAACCAUCAAAAAGUUGAUUUACCCUGUUGGAUUUUAUACAAGAAAAGCCAGUUACUUGAAGAAGGUUGCUAACAUUUGCCUCAUGAAGUAUGAUGGAGACAUACCUAGCUCAAUUGAGGAACUACUCUUGCUGCCAGGAGUAGGUCCUAAGAUUGCUCAUCUGGUUAUGAUUCGUGGAUGGAACAAUGUCCAAGGGAUAUGUGUAGAUACUCACGUCCACCGCAUUUGCAAUCGUCUUGGGUGGGUUUCGAGAUCAGGCUCAAAACAGAAAACUUUGACACCAGAAGAAACCAGACAAAGGCUGCAACUAUGGCUUCCGAAGGAAGAAUGGGUUCCAAUAAAUCCUCUUUUGGUAGGAUUUGGACGAUCAAUUUGUACUCCUCUACGACCUCACUGUGGAGAGUGUAGUGUGAGUAGCUUCUGUCCAUCAGCAUACAAGGAGGCUUCAAGCUUUUCAUCCAAGUCCAAAAAAAUUACAUUGAACAAGAAGCCUUAAUCUAGUCUACUGGAGCUGAUAAACUUUUUGAGGUUCAUUUGGAAGGAUUUGACUCCUUUGAAAAGGAGAAAGAAAAACAUGUAAUUUCAGUGUUGAUAAGAACAUCAAAUACUCACCUUCUAACACAUGCAUGUACAUGUAAUACCAAGAAUUAAUAAGAUAUGAUCGACGUUUGUAAGCUGAAAUAUUGCUUUAAAGGUUUAAACUGAUGAUCUUCUGAUUAUAAGAUAAUAUAAUAACACUAUCAUGUGAAGACUGCAAAAUCUUCAUUUUAAAAAUAAUACUUAUUACAUCUCACAUAGCUUUAUUCAUGCACUUGAUUUAUUAGAUGAUUUUUUUGAGAUUAACUUAGACGAGGAUGGAGACAUUGUUUCGUAAACUGUAAUCAUAAUUCCCAUUAUAAGUAGGCUAUAAAAAGACAGUCUUUCCUGUAUCUUAUAACUAAUUUUACUUCACAUUUCUCCAUCACCUUUACCAAACACCACCCAAAUAUAUUUAUGCUGUUU